CAGAUGCUGUGCUUACAAAUUGAUGAAUUGGCUAGUGAAUAGUGUUUGUGUUUAUUAAUAAAAAAUAUAUGAUUUAUUUACUAUUUACUUCAAAAUAUUAAAAUGUUUCCCAGUUCAAGGUCUAUAGUAGUGUUAAGUAACAAGGCAUCUCGGGAAUUUUUGAAACAAAAACUUAUACAAAAUGUUAUCGUGAACAAGUACUCUACAAAUAUAGCUGAGCAAAAAUUAACUCAGGCUGUAUCCGUCAAAGAUGCUUUACCAUACAACAAGAUACCUGGACCUUCAACAUUACCAAUUAUUGGUGUAGCCCAUCAUUUUGCACCUGGAGGUAAAUACAAAGGUCUCGAUUUAGCCCAACUAACAGAAAAGCUCUAUGAAGAAUAUGGAGAUAUUGUUGCCAUCAGAGGAUUGCCUGGUAAACCCGAUAUGGUUUUCCUUUAUAACUUCGAUCAUAUGGAAAAAGUAUAUCGUACUGAAGGGCCUUGGCCUGAUAGACCAGCUUUUGAAUCACGAGAAUAUUACUUGAGAGAAAAAAGACCAGAAGUUUUCAAAUCUGUUUAUGGUCUAAUUCACUCACAAGGGGAAGAAUGGCAAAAAAUUCGGUCAGUAGUAAAUCAGCCCAUGAUGCAGCAUAAGAUUACAAGGCAAUAUGUUGGAUGGAUUGAAGAAAUUGCCAACGAUUUUAUCGCAAGAAUGAAAACCCGACUAGAUAAAGAAGGCAAUGUACCAGAGGAUUUUCAAAUGGAAAUGAAUAAAUGGUCAUUAGAAUCGAUUGCUCGUAUUGCAGUAGACACACGACUUGGUUGUUUUAAUCCAGAUGCUCGUGAGCAUGCUGAUGGUGAAAAAUUAAUAAAUGCAUUACAAAAGUUCUUCGUAUUAGGUUAUGAAAUUGAAAUUUUACCAUCUUUCUGGAAAUAUAUAAAAACGCCCAAAUUCAACGAGCUUAUGCAAGUCUACGAUGAUAUAACCGAAGUAGCAUUGAAAUAUAUAUCGCAGGCUAUGAAACGAUUAGAAACAAAUCCAUCAAGCGAUGAAGAAAAUUUGAGCGUAUUGGAAAAAUUGCUGAAGAAAGAUCCCCAAGUAGCAAUAAUAAUGGCCCUUGAUAUGUUUUUUGCUGGCGUAGAUACAACCUCGUCAAGUACUAUCACGACUCUGUAUAACUUGGCUAAAAAUCAGGAUAAGCAAGAUAUUUUAAGAGAGCAUUUAGGCAAAGUGUUUCCUAAAGGUUCACCCAUUACUGCUGAAGGUUUAAACAACAUACCAUAUCUAAAAGCUUGCUUUAAGGAAUCCCAUAGAAUUAAACCAGUCGCUCAAGGAGUUGGUAGACUAGCAGUUCAAGAUAUUGUGCUGGGAAAAUAUAUCAUCCCUAAAGGAAAAGCGCUAUUUUUAUUGCACGACUUCUCGUCAAGAGUGAAAAAUCAGUUUCCUGAUUGGAACAAGUUCUUGCCAGAGCGUUGGCUACGUACAGAAACAGAAGGCGUCCCUUCGGCCAAAUGCGCCCACAAAUUCGCCUACAUGCCCUUCGGUUUUGGGCCAAGAAUGUGCGUCGGAAGGAGGUUUGCAGAACUUGAGAUGGAAGUACUGGUGUCCAGGCUGAUCACCGAUUACAAGGUUCAUUGGACAGGAGCCGAAAUGCAAUACAAGAACACCAUGAUACAAAACCCAACUGGACCAAUGAAUUUCAAAUUUACUCCUGUGUGAACAGUAUUUUAAAGCAACAUGAUAUCUAAAUAUAUAUUUUUAUUCUUGUUGAAGUUGCAUAUGCUUAAGA